CCCUCUUCAUUGGUGGUGUAGGGCGUGCAGCUGCUGCUCCUCCUUCUUCCUGUUUUGCGAAUCGGCACCCUAGAUCUUGGACUUGGAGAUCAAUUCGUGGGCUAGGGGCUUGUAAUUUCAUAUUGAUUUUCUGCAAUUUCAUAUUGCAGUUUCCACUUUUUAGUUUCACCGGUGAUUGGGUGGUCUAGUCCGGUUGCUGCUCUUUCUUCUUAAUUCAUGGGCUAGGGGCUAGAUCUUGCAUCUUGAUUCUCUUCACCCCUCUCCAGCAACCCAGGUUCAUCUCCAGUAACCGAGCUCCGUCUCCAGCAACUAGCUUCGUCUCAGGAUAUCAUGAAUACUAGUGGUUCUGGCAAUGGCACAGGAGACUUUAUUGGAUCCAGCUUUUCUUGACAAAGAUGAUUAUGAUAUGGAUUGGGUAGCUAUUGAUGAGUCUUUGCCAAAUCAAAGUCUUGAUGAUACUGAUAAUAUUGUUUAUGAUGAGGAAGAUAUCCCACAGAUUCCUGAAAAUGAAAAUGAAAAUGAACAACUGAAAAUGAACAACUUUGGAUUGGGGUUGAUGGAGUUACAG